AUGGCUAAGAUCAGCAAAGACGUUUCUUCUUCUCGUUCUAAGUCGAGAAAGGCUCACUUCACUGCCUCUUCUAUUGAAAAGAGAGCUUUGAUGUCUGCUUCUUUGUCCAAGGAGUUGAGAGCUCAAUACGGUAUCAAGUCCUUGCCUAUCAGAAAGGAAGACCAAGUUUUGGUUGUCAGAGGUUCCAAGAAGGGUUCCGAAGGUAAGAUCAACUCUGUCUACAGAUUGAAGUUCGCUGUCCAAGUUGAAAAGUUGCAAAAGGAAAAGUCCAACGGUUCUUCCAUCCCAAUCAACAUUCACCCAUCUAAGGUUGUCAUCACCAAGUUGUUCUUGGACAAGGACAGAAAGGCCUUGAUUGAAAGAAAGGGUGGUAAGCUCGAGUAA